UGCCUCGUUUCCGUGGUCACCAUUGUGUCGCGCUCGCAUUCUGCCUUGUCGGCACGGAUGAGCAGACCGAACCCACCGUCGCCAAGAAGGUCUGGUCAACAACAAGGCAAACGAUAAGAAGAUAUGCUCGCAGCAAAGCCGAGCCGUCGAAAAUCGAGAUCAAAAUCGCGAAUAUCGAUUUGUCGGAUGAGGAGGAGAGUGAGGAGAGUCAUGAGAUGGAAGAGGGGAAGAAGGGGCAACGAGCAGUGGUUAUUAGGGAAAAUACAGAGAGUCAAGGAACGGACCCGAGUUUGCCGAGCACUUCCGGGUCCACGACGAUACGACCUAUCCCGGAAAUGGUUGAGCAAAUUGACGAGACAAUGGACGAACCGCCGGAUGAACAAGUU